AGAUGCGGCUGGUCAUCCAAAGGUUCGUAUAUUUAAAAAGACGAGGUAAUUAUCUGGAAUUUUCUCACCCAAAAAAUUAUCCCGUCCCUGUAAUAGGAACCUCUCUCACGCAUUGUAUUUGCUGGAGCAUGUCCAACGUCGCACGAUGUAAACGUACUGACGCGUGGCGCAGAUCACUUAGAUAUUAUUAUUGGGUUUACAUCUGGGGAUAUUGUUUGGUUUGAUCCAUUAUGUAAUAAAUACGGAAGAAUUAAUAAGGGUGGCGUGAUGAAUUCUUCUCCGAUUACAAUGAUUAAAUGGCUACAAGGCUAUGAAAACUUAUUUAUGGCUGCUUUUCAAGAUGGUACGAUGAUGUUAUUUGAUAAGGAAAAGGAGGAUGAAGUAUUCCAUCCUGGUGAUGGACACAGACCCACUCUAUCAAAACCACCAAUUCAUUAUGAUGAAAAACACAUGUUUAAAAUAUCUAAGCCAUCCCCAAAGAAUUCAUCAAAGUGUAACCCAGUUUCACAUUGGAAGCUAUCCAACCAAUCAAUCACAGCGUUCGCCUUCUCACCUGAUUGUCAGCACGUCGCAAUAGUAGGACAUGAUGGAUUACUACGCAUAGUAAAUUUUCUGCAUGAAACUAUACACGAUAUAUAUGAAGCGUACUACGGUGCAUUGUUUUGUGUUGCAUGGAGUCCUGAUGGGAGAUAUGUCCUAACAGGUGGCCAAGAUGAUCUCGUUACUAUUUGGGCUUUUAGGGAACAGCGGAUCAUAGCAAGAUGCCAAGGGCAUCAUUCUUGGGUAACAGGUGUAGCAUUUGAUCCUUGGAGAUGUGACGAAAAAGUAUAUAGAUUUGCAAGUGUAGGAGAGGAUGCAAAAUUAAUUUUAUGGGACUUCUCUGUAAAUGCCUUGCAUAGGCCUAAAACGAAACCUGGAAGUAGAAAUCGUGGUACAUCUGUAUCAUCUGUUAACGCCCCACCCCCCUCCAGUAUUUUAGCAACUAUGCAGGAUCGGAGACCAACGGUUCACCCUGUUCAAUCAAAGACCGAAGUCGCGUUUUUGCAACCCACUAUGGUCAAGACUAUUCAUGGAGAUCCUUGUGUAGGUGUGUAUUUUAGAGAAGAUGUCGUUGUGACUACAGAUAAAAGAGGCCGUGUCAGUACAUGGCAGAGACCAUCCCCGACACCGACAACAUCUGUAUCUUCCUCAUCGUAGUGCUUUAUUACAUGAAAAUAUGAAUAUCGUUCUACCUUAAUAACUAAAUGUACUGUUCUUGAAAAUUCCCAUUAAUUAAUAAAUAAACCAUGUUUUCGGUUUACACAAGAUAA